UCCAUCGGACGUGUGCAUAUCUUUCAAACAGAAAUAAAACCACCACUUACCUGGAAGUUAAACAAAAAUAGCUGGAUUUAGAUGAUAUGAAAGUAUCAUCAUUUCGAAGUCUGCGAGGAAUAUCAACGACAGUGAGGUGUUUGGGAAUUAACUGAAGGCAUGAAGAAUUGAAAAAUGUGGAUCUACCAUACUUCACGAUUUGAUGGAAUUUUACCUAUGGCAUUGGACAAAAAUUGAAUGUUGUGUGUUUGUGAGUAUGUGUGUAGUAUUGUCUUAAUUAGUUUGGAUGGCAUGUCUGAUAUAAUCUAAUCUUUCACUUUCAAUGUGUGUAAAUGGCGGAGGCUAACUCUGUAUCGGACACUCAGGUCUUAUUGCAGUCCAUGCUUCAAAGGCUGAAGCUUCAACCAAAACCUGACAGCAAUAGCACACACACACACGAUGAAUUACAGUAUAGUACAACAUUAAUAGAGCAAAAUGGCAGUGCUGCUGAGAGCCCACCUCAAACCCCGCCAAUGUACAAUUUCAAUUUUUCUAUGGACAGCAAAUCUAUUGUGGUCGGACCAUUGAGUCCAGGAUUGACUGGUGUAGCAACGUCUCCUUCGCAAGAAUUUGCCAAAGGAAUUGAUGUUCACAAUUCAGGAAUGUCAUCUCCACCAAAACAGAGAACGCUAAACUGGGGGUUUAUGAGCAACCACACUGUAUCAGGAGGGAACAGCAAUGUCAGUACACGCUCAGAUGAUGGUGUGAUGACCAAGCAGGCCAGGAAGCAAAAAUUCUCUCUGACAAAAAUGAAUGAUGGCAGUGUCUCAUCUCUACAAAGCAUUGAAAGCUUGUUGCCCUCAACACACUCAUCAGGCUUUACGGAAUCAAACGUCCAAGGUCAGGGGGUUGGACAGAAGAGAUGGACCCAGAAGGUGAAGGAAAAAUGGAAGGAGAGACACAAAAGCGUACCCAGAAGAGAACAAGAUGUCAGAGAGAGACAAGACCACAGCAAAGUGUCAAAUAGCAUCAGGUCUCCAAUUCCCGUCCAAACUGUGCCCAAUGAAAACAACACAACUACAGCAUUCAAUGAGGAAGUUAGAGUCCAGCACCAGCCAAUCAACAGUGGUCCAGUCAAAGGCAUUCCCAGUCCACCUGAUCACAUGAGUGAGACCUUAUUUUCACCGGGCUCUUUUAACCUGAUGGAAGAGAUUUUCACUGGUGAGGAGUGGGCCAAGUUCCUCCCAUCCACCACCAGCAGCCAAUCAACGUCCGGUUCCAUCACACAAGAACAAGAAAUGGGAUUAACAAACAGUAUUAGCCAGUCACGUCAAAAUGAGCAACACACGCUCAACCAGUGGUUUUACAGAGGGGCCACAGGCCCUAAUUUGGGAAUGAUACAAUCACAAAUGAACUCUGGAAGUUUUCACAACAUGAACACUACUGAGUACAUGUUUAACCAAAGAAAGACUCCUAUGUCUGAGUUACACAACGGUCAGAAUGGACUGUUUGAUUCAGGACCAAACCAUCUGGAGAGCAUGGAUCUGAGUGCCGGCCCAUUGGGGAACGAUCAUCCAAUCAAACAACAAGCACACAUUUAUCCAUGUAAUCAAUCAAACACUAUAGAACUAAAUGUAAAUCCGUUGUUAUCCAGUGAGCAAAGUGUGAAUCAGUCGCAAGCAACUGAAAUAAACCACAACCAACCAGGAAGUGUGCAUGAGUAUCUCCCCGUAUUGGAUUUAUCAUGUCUUCAGUCCAAAGACAGUCCCUCUCCGAGGAAGCAAGUAAAUCUGAGCCGUAAACGAAGCCACUCGACAGAGAGAAGAGACUCAAACGAACGAUGGAGAUCCGAAACUGGAGAAAUGCACGAGUGGGGACAUAAUUCCUCCCCUUCAGAUCCAGCGAUAAGUCUUUCCCCUGCCUCCUCCACCUCCUCUCUCCAGCACUCUUUUUCCCAGGAUUUGGAGUCGUCGGUGUCUACAGAAACUGUGAUCAAAAAGAGGAGGGUGGAGAACAUACGUCGUGUGCGAUUUGCAGAAGAGGUGACCUUUGUACCACCCCUUGUUCUGUCCGACGAUGAUGGCGAUGCUGAUGAUGAGGAUUACGGUCAGAACGUCACUGACGACAACGAUGACGGUGGAGAAGAGUUGCCGUCUCGCCCGUCUGCUCCCAGAUGGAUUGAGGCACUCAGGAGUAAGACGAAGACGAAGCCCAAACUUAAACUUCCACGCAUGAGGACUAAAAAAUAUCGUUUUGUGUGA